AUGCCACCGGAAGGCGGUGUUGCCAAGAAAAUGAACCUAAGGGACCAGCACCAAGGCCUAAAAGCUGGGAUGGAAGAAUGGCACGUGCCAAUUUGCUCGAAUCUUCCUCAAGAAGAAGUUGGCUACCUCAAAAUCGACGAUGUUCUGGAGAUGUGGCAGACUCUUGGCAUAGAGGACGGGCUCAAGAAAACUUCGAAAUUCUUCGAUCAGGCGGAAGGAUCGCAGACGAUUUCCGUGACUAACUUGAGACAUUCCCUGGACUCAGUGCUGAAGGAUGUUCCUGGAGGACAGGAGCUUCUUGCGACGUACAAAACAGAAAUUACAUUUCUUUGGGAGCAGUUUGAGUCUGCUGUUCAGCAGGCGGAAAAAAUGAAGGAACUAUGCUCAGCCGCCGAGCAGCGAAAUCUGCUGAUAGUCGAAGACGCAGAAGAAAAUCAAACAGGGCUGAGCAACGAUCACGUGCAGCUCGUCCAGAAAAUCGAGUCCGAAUGGAAAGAAAAAUUUGACAAAUCAAGAGAGCAGUUCAAAUCCGAGCUAGAUUUCUUAGAUUCUUCCUUCAAUCGGCAGCGCGAAAAGUACGAGGCAGAGUUAGAGCAUUGCGCAGAAGUGGAAAGCAAUCUGAAGCUGCACUACAAAGAUGCGCAGUCGGAAGUCAAGGACCUUCGGAACAGAAUCGACGAGCUUAGAGAAUACUCAGACAAGGUCGAUGAUGAGAAUAGAAGGUUGCGAAAAGAACUUGAAGAGACAAAGCCAAAAACCGCUGCGAUCAAAGAAGAACCCGCAGACCUCGACGCAUCCUCCUUGGUCGAGCAAUACGAGCGAUACAUCCGCGAUCUGAAAGACAAGAUCGACGAGCAAAACACAACCAUCAACUCUCUUCGUGAAGAGCCGGAAAUUCACUCCACUCCUUCGCGAUUGUCUUCAAGAGUCGAUCCUGAUGGCGAAGAAGAAUCUUCUGGAGACAUUCUGGAUUCGGACAAUGAAGAUUCUUACGAAAAGGCUUUGCAGUUUCAUUUGACCUCCACUCCUGGAAAAAUGGACAAGAGCUUUGCAGAAGAACUCAAGGGAAAUGCAAUGACGCCAAGAACUCUGAAUCUGCUAAACGACCAAACUGAAAAUCUCGAUUCAUGGGUCCAGGUGCAAGUUGAAACUUCUGAAGUCGCCCUUCAAGCAGCUCCAAAAACAACAAAUUCCUCGACAGAAACAAUUGUGAAGAAAUAUACGAGUACGGAAACCCAGGUUCUGAUCAAAACCGAAGAAGAAAUGCGCCAAAACGAAAUGCUCUUGGAACUUGAGGAUAGAUUGCAUUGCGCGCUGAAAGAUGCAGAAAACAUUGGCGCCCUGGCCCACGAAAAAGACAAUGCUUUGGACGAGCUUCGUAUAUCUGUCGAGACUUGCACUCAGUUGGAACGAGAGCUGGAUAAGUACAGACUUGAGCUGGAUGAAACGAGGCAGAAGACCUUCAAAAUCUUGGCUGAAAAGACCGCUCUUGAACAGAAACAAAACAUCGAAGAAGUGAAAGUAAAGAAUGUUCAAAAUCAGAUGGAAAACGUAGAAAAGAAAGUGUCAAAGCUGACCGAAGAAUUGGUCCGAACGAGAGAAGAAAAAGAAAACGCCGAGAAGAUGCUGAAAAACAUCGAACUCGACGGAAAAAUUAUGGAAAAAUUGAAGAACGAUCUUUCGGAAGCGCAAGAAAACUAUUUCUCCGAAGCUAUGAAAGCCAAAACAUUGACUGAAGAAGCUAAGAAGAGUGAAUCCAAAAUCGCCGAACUUGAAAGUCUUGUCAGCUUGGGAUACGCGGAGAAAGAUAGAUUAUCUGGCGAAAUUCGCGCUCUGGCUUUGAAAGCGAAUCAGAAGGAAACAACUGAAACGAAGGAAGUUGCCGAGUUGAAAUCUCAAAUUGCCUCGCUUCAAGAAAUGAACGAAACUUUCCACAAAAACGUCACCAGCACUUCUGAAAAACUCAUGCUCGAAAAGCAGGAAUGCACGAAAUUGCGCGGCCAAAUCGCUCAAUUAAACAAAACCAACAAGGAGAACUACGACCUCAAAAGUACAAUCGCAAAGAUGAAGACCGAACACGAAGUCACCAAGAAGACUUUGAAAGACAAAGAAACCCUCGUCGAGGCGCUGAAUAAAAAGGGACGAAACAAAAACGAACUCACUAAGAAGCAAACUCAACAGCUCAGACAGACUGUAUCGGAGCUCAAAAUGGAGCUUGAAGCUCUCAAGGACAUUUCUGCAUCAAACGAGCAGUCAAUGAAAAACGAGCUCGACAACAUGGAAAAACAACUGCACCUCGCGAUAGAACAAACAGUCGAAUUGGAGGACAAGCUCCAAAAAAUCAUUUCCGAAAAGAGUAAUCUCCUCAGUGAAAAGGAACGUGAAAACGCAAAGAAAUCUGCUGAGCUUAGCCAGCUUAACGAGCAGCUGGCGAAGAUAUCUGAGCUCGAGAAAAGCCACCAGCUUAUCUUGAAAGAAGAAAAAGUUAAAAUGAAAGAAGCCCUCGACGAAAAAGCAAGACAGCUCUCAACUAUUGAAGAAAAAUACACGCGCCAAAUUAACGAACUUAAUUUUGAAAAAGAAAUUUUGCAAGAAAACCUUGAAGUCUCCCAGCAAGACGUGGAAGAUCUCGAAGAAAAGCUUAAGAAAAGCAAAGAAAUUAAACCUACAAUAACAACCGUUAUUACUGAAACAACGGAGAUUAUCAAGUCAAAGCCAAAAAUUAACAACGGAACCUACCUAAAAGUGGAAUUCGAAAAAGACUCCUCCGAGUCCGAAUCCGACGAAUCAGCCGAUCAGAGCAUAAUUAUUGAACUACAGAAAGAAAACCAAGAGCUGCGGGAGCAAAUUCGCAAUCUCGAGAAAAUCCAGGAAACAAACGAUAGAUUGAGAUUGACCUCAAGCGACACGCCCGAUUGUGACGACUCGAAUAGCGUUUCUAGCUCUAUCAUCGCGUACUCUCCAUCGAUGAACCAGUUGAGACUGGUCGACUCCAACCGAUUAUCGACCAGUUCUACCAACAACACAACAACGCAGCACAAGUCGACGCUGUUCAAAGUCGCGGAGAUGCGUGCCCAACUCGGCUUGCCACCCAUCGCCGAUCAACAAGUAGCGACGCUGGAGAAUGAAAAUAUCGAAUUGACGAGCAAGCUGAGGAAAACACGAAUAAUGCUCAACGACAAUACCAACAGGCUGCGAGAUAUGUACAGAAAACUGAACAAAUCCGAAGUGCUGAUCCAAAACCUAUACAUGGAAAACUCCCGGCUCAUGCGCGCGAUGAAAGCUUCCUUCUCGCCCUGCGCAUCGCCAGAAGAGCAGGGUUCGGUAAUUUGA